UCGCACAUGGCGGCAUUUACCGGUGGUUACACUAAGGUAGUAAAGAUAUAAUUUACUCGUAUAAAAAGUAUCGACAGUGGAUUUUUAAUUAAUAUCUGUCGUCAUAACCUUUGUGAAAAAUAAUUUUAUACUUCAUUAUUUUAUAUUUUUAUAGAAAUUUAUUAUGUCUUAUAAUCAGAAUUCUGGUGCACAAAUUUGCAUUACUGAUUAUUCAAAUAAACUUACAAAAGAUGGAUUUUUAUAUUUAUGCCAACCUUAUGGUACAGUUAAAAAUAUUACGAUUCAUUGCAAAAGGCAAGAUAACUUUGCGUUUAUUGAGUUUGAGGAAGAAAAUUCUGUUCAUAGAAUAUUAAAUGAAAAAUCAGUUUUUCCAUCAUGUAUUUCGAUUGAACUCUCUAAUCAAGUAUUAAGAGAAUUGAAAACUAUUUCAAAUGAAGAAAAUUUUCUUCCACUAGGUAAUUCUGAACAAAUAGAGAAAUCUUCAGAAAAUGAUAUAAAUAAAACAGGAGAAGUUAAUACAAGUGGACAAUCAAUUUAUUUUGGACCUAACAUUUACGGUGAAGAUUUAUUAACAAUUAUGAAACAAGAAAAACUUGAGGAAAAAGAUAAACUUUUCAGUUUGGAAAAUGAUGAACUUUUUGGAAAGCCUAUGAGCAAAAAAUGGAUUGCUAUUAAAGACUUGACGUUCCCUAUUCAUUCAAUUGAUUUUCAUAAACGUUUUGAAAAUUGUAAUGAUGGAAAAAUUCAGAUUGAAAAAAAAUUGAGUCCUAAUAUGUUUACUGGUUGGAUAUCUAUUUUUAAUAAUGGUGAAAAUGUUAUAGAAUCAUUAAAGGAGAUUAGUAAUGCAAUUGAAAAAUCUAAUGUUUUAAAUAUAAAUGACUUAGAACUAGGAAUGUUAAUUGGAGCGUUUGAUCUUAUCACAAAUUUAUUUGCCCGUGGAUAUGUUACAUUUGUUGUUGGAAAGUCAGCCAAUGUUGUUUUAUGUGACUAUGGUAGAGCAAUCAAUGCUACUACUUUUAGAACUCUUCCAAAUGUUUAUAGUUUAUUACCAAUAUAUUCUUUUAAAGCUUAUACAAAAGGCGAAGAUUCUGUUGCAAUUCUAAAAAAAUCACAUAAAUUCAAUGUGAAAAGUGUUAAUGCUGACAGAAUUGUUUUAAAACUAUUUAUUGAUGAUAAAAAGGUUAAAAUUCAACUUAAAAAAUGGAAGCCAACAGUUGAAGAAUAUGGUGUACCGUAUGUAAACAUCAAAAGUGGUAGCAAAGUUGAAUUAAUAAAAUUUAAAGAUAUGAAUUCAGUAUAUAUUCGUUCUAAAGAAAAAAGCCAUUUUAACUUAUUUUUUUCAACAUGGAAUAAUUUGGCUGCAUACUGUUAUGAAAAUCCAAAAUCAUUAAAUAGAGAACCAUUUUAUGGAGAAAUUAUUGCAUUUAAAUCAAAGUUAGAUAAUAACAACUACACAAGAGCUAGAAUCUAUAAAUGUUUGGGAAACAAAUUUUACAUUGUGAAACAUAUGGAUAAUCCAUUUAAAGAGAUAGUUAACUCAACAGAAAUGAUUGAGCUACAGUUUAAACAUAAAAUUGCACCAUUAAGUGUAUUAAAAGUUGGUUUGAAAGAAGCUGUACCAUAUCCAAUAAAUGGUUGCGCAAGAGAGUUUAUUAAUCAUAUAUUUGAUCAUAAGUUAACUGUGCAUUUUAAUGAAGAUGAUGAUGGUUGGAAAUCAAUUGAGUUGUACCAUUCUGUUAUACGAGAAAAUAUUAACAAUAUUUUGCUAGGCCUUGCACAGCCAAUGUGGUUAAAACCAAUUCAAAAUAAUUCAAUGGAAGAAAUUGGAAAUUAUUGUAAGCACUCACAUUUAUUUAAAAAUGAAUUGCCUGUAAAAUCAUCUGUACACCUAACGUUUGUAUUGUAUCACGAAGGAAUUUUUUAUAUGAGAGAUAAACAUUUUGGCAAUUCAUUUUUAACUAUGAACAAUAUGAUAAAAGAGUAUUGUAGUUUGAACUUAUGUCCAUAUUUACCUCAUGACAAUGAAGUUUGUCUUGGACAAUUUCCUGAUGGACUAUGGUACAGAGUAAUAUGCAUUCAAGUUAAACCAGGACAUCUAGCUAAAGUAUAUUCAGUCGAUUUGGGCAAUAUAGCUUUUUUAAAUACCACAAAUAUGAAAAAAAUACCUGAAGAAGUUUUAUAUCAUCCAGCUCAUGUCUAUUUAUGUUUGUUAGAUAAUGUGGAUGUAAUAAGCCUAGAACAAAAUGAAAUUUUGAAACAACAUGAAAAUACUGAUGUUGAUUGUACUAUAGUUAAAUACUCAAAUAAUAAAUAUUUAUUUAAAUGUCCAUUUCUUGAAAAUAUCCUGAAAUGAGUUUUAAAUAUUUAUCUUUUAAUAAUAUAUUAAUAAAAAAAAAUUGUGCAAUUUAUAUAAAACA